AUGAAUUUUCUACGUAGAAACACUGUGAGCUUAUGUAAAAGCCAUGCUUUAAAUAAAACCCUGAACAAUUCAGGAAAUGUAUUUGCAAAACUAAGUAAACGAAAAUUUACAGAUAUUAAUAGUAUUACAAAGUGUAACCAAAGGGCUCAAACCAAAUUUAACUUUGGUGAUGGAAGAAAAUACGCUUCAAGUGAAGCUCAGAAAUUGUCAGAAGUUGUAAAAUCAGAAGUUCAACAUGAAAAAUCAAAUUAUGAAGCACCCGAAAAUAUUAAGAAGUUUUUACAAAAUUCAGGAUGGAAAUUUGAAGAGCAAGAAGGAGAUGUAAAUAUGGUAUUGACAAAAAAUGUAGACGAUAUGAAAGUCAUUAUUGAUUUUCAGCUUGUAUCUCCAUUUCAAGCGGAAGGUGAAAAUGAAGCUCAAGCUGAAAUGACUGAUUUUUCAGUAACAGUUGAAAAACCUAAUAAGCAAGGAGGUAUAACUUUUUAUUGUACUACUCUGCAAAAUGACGAAAAAUUUAGAUAUAUGAUAGGAAAUGUCAAAUAUUAUAAAAAUGAAGAGGGAAAAAACUCUGUAUCGUCAUACAAUGGCCCAGAAUUUGAAGAUUUGGAUGACUCUUUACAAACAUCACUUGAUGAAUGGCUAGCAAAUUUAGGAGUCGACUCAGAAUUGUGUGACUUUAUUGAUUCAUGCAGCAUUGAUAAAGAACAAAGAGAAUAUAUGGCAUGGUUACAAAACAUUUCAAAUUUUAUUGAAUCCUAA